AUGGGAAAUUCACAAUCAGAGAGUUUAAAGUCAACAGAACAUGGGAGGGAGCCUGAGAGUAUUCUCUCCAGAAUGAGAUCAAAGCUGAGUAGACAACAAAGAAGAUCUACUACGAACGGGACAGGCGAACAAGAUGGUGGCGCCAACCUUUUAUCCGACGCAGACGAUGCGGUACAAGCAGCCAAUACAGAUUCACAAAGUAUAGAAAACAAACAAAAUGGACUACCGCAGCAACCAGUAGAAGAGGUAAAAGAGCUAUCAGAAAUUGAGAAACUUUUCAAGUUGUCUGAGCAAGAGGUACUAGAAACAAUUAACACUGUAAUUCAUAAGGGUAAAAAUCCCAACACACUAGCCAGAGACAGGAGAGGGUAUAGUGUACUUCAUUUGGCCGCUGAAAGGAACUUUUUGCAUGUGGCGGAGAAGUUACUUGAUUAUGGUGGAGACCCACUGGCAUGUGAUCCUCAAGGAAACAUUCCAUUGCAAGUGGCCUUCGAAAAGAAUUUUGACGCCAUGGCAGCCUUGAUUAUAUCUAAAACAAAAUACUCAAUAGUAAGGCGGCUAUUUGGAGACGACAGUUCGGCUCAUGGUAAAGAUGACACCACCAUUGCAAACAAAGGCACCGCGAACAGUAUAGAAAUGAGCCCUGUAGGUAACGCUAGUAACAAAGACGAAACUACAAACAGUGAUGCACAAUCUGAGACUGAAGAAAAUCAGGAAAGACAGUUUUAUAAGGAAGAAGAUAAUCUGGAUAUGUUCGAUAUCAAAUCCCACUUGAUUGAUCGGGACUUAACUCUGUCACUUGCUGCCGUAUUAGACAGUUUGGCCGAGAAAAAUGAUAAUGGCCUGUAUACAGUGUAUGUUAAACUGCUGGAAGAAGACAAUAGAGGCCAGGAACCAGGGAAUGAAGAGUUUGAAACUAAAGAUCACACUGUCUUCCAUACUAUUGCAGCAGAAUCAAGGGUAAGGGAUGUAUAG